AUAAUCUCAGACCCACAGUUUGGCGGCCACCGGCAAAUCAAGGACCCACCCACACAGGAUCACUGCCGAGGAGGUAACUGCCACGUGUCCACCACAUUCCGAUUUCGGAAAACCCUCGAAGGUUCCCACAAAACCCUCUCCCUUUCCCGCCGGCGACGCAAGCAAAACCCCUGCGCAUGCCAACUCCGCUCUCUCUACAGCUCUCUUGUGCCCUCUCACAUGGACAAUCAGCUCGCUUCUCUACCGGAAUCGACGGCGUCGUCGUCUUCGUCUCCAUCGCUGGAAGAUUUGAUGAAGCGAUUGAAUGGAAAAACCGACUCCGAACGACUUGUCGGCCUUCUUCUAGUCACCAAAUUCUGUGACAAGAACGACCACAAUGUCAUUCUCGACGUCUACCGCGCUCUCGGCUUCACUUUCCUCCACCGUUUGUUGCUCACUGGUAUGGGGAGAUGGAGCGGCGGAGGCAAUAGUGCAGACCGAGAGGGCUACUUGCGGUUGUCUGUGACAGUUCUUGCAGCGUUUGCUAGGGUACCCGAGAUUGCUCGUACUGAUGAAAUGCUGAACAAGGUUCCACUUAUUCUGGAGGUUAUGUCGACGGAGUAUGGUUCAUCUCUCUCGGAGGAGUGCUUUGAAUUUCUGUUUCUAGUGUCCUCUGCCCAUGAUAGUGGUGUGAUUACUUUGUAUGAAUCUGGAGGGAUGAAUGUGUUGGCAUCUCAAAUGCAUACUCUACCAGAUGGUUCUCACACAAUGGAACUUGCGAUGAAACUGAUUCAUUUGAUUAUGAGCAAGCUGUCUUACGAGAAAAUCUUUGCUGAUCAUUCGUCACAUCUAUCCAAGAUAGUAGUUGCAAUAGCAAAACAGUUUGCUGUGGUGCACAAUGCUUUAAAGUUUGAGGCCCUUCACCUUCUCUCUAGCUUAUUCUCAUCAAGUUAUUCGGGUGAUCUAUGUGCCAUGCUUCAAUCAAUGAAGUUUGAUGAUUGGUCAACUUGCAUACGUGUUGGUAUCGUGGAUGUUUUACAGAAUCGAGUGGCUCCUGCUGACAAACUUCAGGCUCUUGUUCUUGCGGAGUCUGUUAUAUCCAGUGUUGGUGAAGAGUGGCUAAUUGGAUCAACGGCCUUACCUGGUGGAGAUAGUUCUUUUCCCGCUGAUAGGUGCAUACUUCUCAUUUUGGAAUCAUCUCGGGUUGAAAUUGCUGUUAUUUUGAAUGAACUAGCAUACAUUAAGUACGAAGCCUCUAAAAGUUCUCCGGAUGCUGAAACCUUUAUUACGAAGCUAAGGAAUCUGGGUGUUGCUUUCUCUUUGGUUGAAAAUGUUAUCAAGCUCAUCUCAAAAUUUGGUGAAAGUGAAGAUUCAAAUUCAACUUCCAUCAUCAAUGAAAGCAUUUUAACCAAGAUCAUUAAUGGGCUUAAUGAGACAAUUGGUGCGGUCCUUGAUUAUUUGCAAGAUGCAAAGGAUCACGGGCAGAGAAAAGGAGAAGACCUUUUAGCUUCUGUCCGAAUAGUUGGGAGCUAUCUUGCAGAAGCACCUUGUGCAUGUAGAGAAAAGGUGGAGGAACUUCUGAGUUAUAUGCUCUCAGUUGAAGGGGAAGAUGAGUCGAGUCCUUGCCACUCAGUCUCCUUUUUGCUCCCUAUGCUCUAUCAACUAACUAUGGAGAAUGAUGGAUGUAAGACCUUUGCCUCUACUGGGGCUUAUACAGCUGUUGUUCAGUAUCUUGUUAAUUCAAAUGAUUUAAGCAGCUUUAAUGUUGAGGAUGCCGGUACAAUACACUUGGCAUGUGAUACAAUUUUGAAUUUCCUUUCAAAGAGAGAUCAAACUCAUUUCUCAUUGGAUUGUAGUUUUGUCAAACUUCUGCAGUUUUUGUCACGAUGGGCAGGCGGUACAAAUGAUCCAAAUGUUAUUGUGACGGCUUCAUGCAUAUGCUCAUUUAUACUUGAUUCUACUUCCGAAGAAGUUCUUCUAAAGCAUCCUGAUUUCAACACAGACAACCUGAUUGCUGUUGCACAGCUGAUUAAGAAAAGUUUGGAUGCAUCUAGUCAGGGUUUGAUAUCGGAAGAUGAUGAUUCAGAGGUUGAUCUUCGCCAAAUAGUAGUUUCAGGAUAUUCUUCUUGGGCAAAUCGAUUUCCUCACAUAAAGAAAAUUGUAGAGGGAUGAUCGGUUUUCCCUGUGUUCCUCCACACGGGCCACGAAGUCUUGUUAUGUUACUGUCAGUGGUCGGAAUGGAUCGGAGACGUGAUCGGAAUCCGGUGUCGGAUUCAGGGCUGGAGGGCUGAAUGCUAGCAAUGGAGAACCAUCCUUUAAUGCCAGCCGUAGAGGUAAAACAGCCUGCCUUGUCUGUAAGAAACAGAAAAUUGAUUUGAUUUAGAUAUUUCAUGUUAAAUAUUAAUAUGUUUUUGUAGAGAACUUAUUUAUUGAUUUGCCAAUUCUAACACCACGUGCAUUUA